CAUCACGCGAGAGUUCUCAAUGCAACAGUUGCUCGAUAACAUCGGAACAGCAGCUAUAUAAACGCAAGGAAGUCAACCAAUGCAGUGAAGCAACUUCACACCCAACCUCUCAAUCCAUAGCGCCUGGUUCUUCAAGCUGAACAAAAGGAGCAGUAGUAGUAGAAAAGCCAAGAACAUGAACAACAAUCCCAUUUACAAAAACCCUAACUCCCCAAUCGAAUCCAGAAUCAAAGACUUACUCUCUCGAAUGACCUUGUCCGAGAAGAUCGGCCAGAUCACUCAAAUCGAUCGACGAGUCGCCACUCGUUCCGCCAUUCGAGACCUCUCCGUCGGGAGUAUUCUCAGCGCCGGCGGUGGUGGACCGUACGAGAAAGCAACGUCGUCCGAUUGGAUCGAUAUGAUUGACAGAUUCCAGAACGCUGCGCUCGAGUCUCGCCUCGGGAUUCCACUUCUCUACGGCACUGACGCUGUUCAUGGCAACAACAACGUCUACGGUGCCACUGUAUUUCCUCACAACAUUGGCCUUGGAGCUACUAGAGAUGCAGAGUUGGUUAGGAGGAUUGGAGUUGCAACUGCUCUUGAAGUUAGGGCUUGUGGCGCUCAGUUUACUUUUGCUCCUUGUGUGGCUGUAAGUUCUCAUAAUUUUUUAUAUUAGAUUAUUUGAUCGGAUUAUUAUCAGACCAUUCUGUGUUCAUUUU